CCUCGUCAUUUUCCGUCAACCCAAAAAAAAAAAAAUACACACUUCUUCUCCAAAACCCCCAAAAAAUUUAAUUCAAAAUAAAAAAAAACAAUUCUAAAUCUUUCGUUUAUCAAAUUCCCUAUACGUCGUCGUUUUAUACGAACUUUAUAUUUCAAUAACCGCCAUGACCGGAACCGUAUCAUCGGAAAAACCAUCGCCGACGAUCUCAAGGUCGAUAACACAAACGGUUAACGGCUCUCACAAAUUCGUGAUCCAAGGGUAUUCCCUUGCGAAGGGGAUGGGAGUGGGAAAACACAUUGCGAGCGAGGUUUUCACCGUCGGAGGGUAUCAAUGGGCGAUCUACUUCUAUCCCGACGGAAAGAAUCCUGAAGAUAAUUCCGCUUAUGUUUCCGUUUUCAUCGCUUUGGCGAGUGAAGGAACCGAUGUUAGAGCGCUUUUUGAACUCACGCUUGUUGAUCAGAGUGGACAGGGUAAACAUAAGGUUCAUAGUCAUUUUGAUCGAUCGCUUGAGAGUGGUCCUUAUACACUUAAAUAUAAGGGUAGUAUGUGGGGGUACAAGCGGUUUUUCAGACGGACUUUGCUUGAAAGCUCUGAUUUUCUCAAAGAUGACUGCUUGAAAAUUAACUGUACAGUUGGAGUCGUGGUGUCUGCUAUUGAUUGCCCACAACUUCAAUCUAUUCAUGUCCCAGAAUCUGACAUUGGAUCACACUUUGGCACGCUAUUGGAUAAUAUGGAAGGUUCCGAUGUUACUUUUGAUGUGGCCGGGGAGAAGUGUCCUGCUCACAAGUUGGUUUUGGCCACUAGAUCCCCAGAAUUUCGAUCUACAUUUUUUAACAGUAUGGACAUAGACAAACAGGAGAUCGUUAUAACAGAUUUAGAACCAAAGGUUUUUAAGGCCAUGCUGCAUUUUAUCUACACGGAUACCCUCACAGAAGAUGCGGACAUGGUCUCAUCCAUCACAGCUAGUGAUUUCCUAGUUUCUGAGACAUUGAUAGCGAAAUUGUUAGCUGCCGCAGACAAGUAUGGCUUGGCGAGGCUUAGACUGAUGUGUGAGUCUCGUCUUUGCAAGUACAUUUGUGUGAGUUCUGUAGCCAACAUUUUAACCUUGGCUGACCAUUGCCAUGCCACAGAGUUAAAGGCCGUUUGCCUGAAGUUCGCUGCUCAAAAUCUAGCAGCCCGAAAAGCAUUUAUCCAUGUUAUUUACAUCUGUCACUGGUUGCUGCCGAGUUUAAGUGAUCAAGCUGUCAUGAGGUCAGAUGGAUUUGAGUAUAUGAAAGAAAAAUGCCCAUGGCUACAGUCAGAGAUCUUGAAGACAAUAGCUGGCUGUGAGGGUGAUAGUUGCAGUCCAGGGGAAAAAUCUCAGAGUGUGUGGGCCCAACUUUCAGAUGGUGGCGACACUAAUGGUAGGAGAGUCAGACAGAGACUUUGAUAUCUGUUGUCACAUUGGUAUCUCUAAUUCUUUUGUAAAUGAUGGUGAUAAUGUCGAUAAAAUGGGGGAUAGAAAAAAGCAAAAGACAGGGAAAAUCCUCUUCUGGUCAUUUUCUCCAUCUCUCAAUGGAAAGUUCUUUACAAAAAGCAGGUAGACUAGAUCUUGUGCAUGUUUGUGUAAAUGUCUCCGGUGGUGUGUAUGUUGUGUAGUGCAGAGUAGUUAUUGAAAAUGAGCUCAUCUGCAGUAUACUUUUGAAGAGGAUCCAAGUCCAUACUUUGGAACUUGAUGUUAUCCUUGCUGGACUUUGUGUCCCCGUCCCUUUUUUGUCCUUAGUUCAAGCCUUAAUGUUUGUAGAUCUAGUUUCAAUAGAAUGGUUUUUUAUACCUUGUAAAAAAUAUUCAUUUUGUAACAUUGGUUUUUUCCAUCAUCCUUAAAAGUUGUAAUCUUAGAUGGUCUGUCUUGAGUCGAUAUAUUCAACGUUUCUGGAUGGCAAUAGAUAGCAUCGCUACUUCACUAA